AUGGAGACUCUGCUUGGUGGGCUGCUGGCUUUUGGCAUGGCGUUUGCUGUGGUCGAUGCCUGCCCCAAGUACUGUGUCUGCCAGAACCUGUCUGAGUCACUGGGGACGCUGUGUCCCUCCAAGGGGCUCCUCUUUGUGCCCCCUGACAUUGACCGGAGGACAGUGGAGCUGCGCCUGGGUGGCAAUUUCAUCAUCCACAUUGGCCGCCAGGACUUUGCCAAUAUGACGGGAUUGGUGGAUCUGACCUUGUCUAGGAACACCAUUAGCCACAUCCAGCCCUUCUCCUUCCUGGACCUCGAGAGUCUCCGAUCCUUGCACCUUGACAGCAACCGGCUACCCAGCCUUGGGGAGGACACACUCCGGGGCCUGGUCAACCUGCAGCACCUUAUUGUGAACAAUAACCAGCUGGGUGGCAUCGCUGACGAUGCCUUUGAGGACUUCCUGCUGACAUUAGAGGAUCUGGACCUAUCCUACAACAACCUCCACGGACUGCCGUGGGAUUCUGUAAGGCGCAUGGUCAACCUCCACCAGCUGAGCCUGGACCACAAUCUGCUGGACCACAUUGCCGAGGGUACCUUUGCAGACCUUCAGAAACUGGCCCGCCUGGACCUCACGUCCAAUCGGCUGCAGAAGCUGCCUCCGGACCCCAUCUUUGCUCGCUCCCAGGCCUCCUUGCUGACUGCCACGCCCUUUGCCCCACCCCUGUCCUUUAGUUUUGGGGGAAACCCACUGCACUGCAAUUGUGAGCUUCUCUGGCUGAGGAGGCUGGAGAGGGAUGACGACCUGGAGACCUGUGGUUCCCCUGGAGGCCUCAAGGGGCGCUAUUUUUGGCAUAUUCGUGAGGAAGAGUUUGUGUGUGAGCCACCUCUCAUCACGCAACACACACACAAGCUUCUGGUUCUGGAGGGCCAGGCAGCCACUCUCAAGUGCAAGGCCAUUGGGGACCCUAGCCCCUUGAUCCACUGGGUGGCCCCUGAUGACCGCCUUGUGGGAAACUCUUCCAGGACUGCCGUAUAUGACAAUGGCACCCUGGACAUUCUUAUUACCACCUCUCAGGACAGCGGAGCCUUCACCUGCAUUGCAGCGAACGCUGCAGGAGAGGCCACGGCCACAGUGGAGGUCUCCAUUGUCCAGCUCCCACACCUCAGCAACAGCACUAGCCGGAUGGCACCCCCCAAGUCUCGCCUUUCAGACAUCACAGGUUCCAGCAAGACCAGCCGGGGAGGGGGAGGCAGUGGGGGUGGGGAGCCUCCCAAAAGCACCCAGGAGAGGGCUGUUCUUGUGUCAGAUGUGACCACCACAUCUGCCUUGGUCAAGUGGUCCGUCAGCAAGUCAGCUCCCCGAGUGAAGAUGUAUCAGCUGCAGUACAACUGCUCUGACGACGAGGUACUGAUUUACAGGAUGAUCCCAGCCUCCAACAAGGCCUUCGUGGUCAACAACCUAGUGUCCGGGACGGGCUACGACUUGUGUGUGCUAGCCAUGUGGGACGACACAGCCACGACGCUCACGGCCACCAACAUUGUGGGCUGCGCCCAGUUCUUCACCAAGGCUGACUACCCACAAUGCCAGUCUAUGCACAGUCAGGUCCUGGGGGGCACCAUGAUUCUGAUCAUCGGGGGUAUCAUUGUGACCACGCUGCUGGUCUUCAUCGUCAUCCUCAUGGUCCGGUAUAAAGUUUGCAACCACGACACCCCGGGCAAGAUGGCGGCAGCCACUGUCAGCAAUGUGUACUCGCAGACCAAUGGGGCCCAGCCUCCACCUCUGGGCGGGAUCCCUGUUGGGCAGCUUCCUCAGGCACCACCCAAGGUUGUGGUCCGGAAUGAGUUGAUGGACUUCAGUACAAGCCUGGCCAGGGCCUGUGACUCUUCUUCCUCCAGCUCUCUGGGCAGCGGGGAAGCUGCAGGCCUGAGCCGGGGUCCCUGGAGGCUCCCACCCCCUGCUCCUCGCCCCAAGCCCAGCCUUGACCGCUUGAUGGGAGCCUUUGCCUCCCUGGACCUCAAGAGUCAAAGGAAAGAAGAACUUCUAGACUCCAGGACUCCAGCAGGCAGAGGGGCAGGGACAUCAGCCAGGGGCCACCACUCAGACCGAGAGCCACUGUUGGGGCCCCCGGCCACCCGUGCCAGGAGCCUCCUCCCUUUGCCCCUGGAGGGCAAGGCCAAAAGAAGCCACUCUUUUGACAUGGGAGACUUCGCAGCUGCAGCUGCUGCUGCUCCUGGUGGCUACAGCCCUCCUAGGCGGGUCUCGAACAUCUGGACGAAGCGCAGCCUGUCUGUCAAUGGCAUGCUCUUGCCCUUUGAGGAGAGUGACCUGGUGGGAGCCCGGGGGACAUUCGGCAGCUCAGAGUGGGUAAUGGAAAGUACUGUGUAG